CAACUAUCCUCUUUAUUCUUCAAGAAACUUGGCCACACCUUAUCCACAAAACCAACAAACUCUUCCAACACCAUCAUCUUCUUCUGUUUGAUGAUAUAUCACACACAUCACAACCCAGAACACCCUCCAACUCAGAUUAAACCCAACAACAAAAAAUGUCAGUGGCAUCUUCCUUUCCCUGCAUCAAAAUCUCAACCUGCUCAUCAUCCCCAUCUUGUUCAUAUUCUUCUUCCUCCUCUAGUAAUUCUUUUAUGUUCUCUUCUUCACCUAAGCCCUGUUAUGUAAAGACCACCACCAUCAGGAGCUCCCAAACUGAAGGCCCUAUAAGAAGACCUGCUGCUCCUUCAGUCAGAGAACCCUCUCCACCUACUCUCAAGCCCCCAACACCUCCCUCCAAGUCCCCUUCGCCGCCACAGCCUCAGCCGGCGGCUCCGGUUUCGGGGGUAACAAUGGUGGAGGAUAAGAAUGUGGUAACUCUUGAGUUUCAGAGGCAGAAGGCUAAGGAGAUUCAGGACUACUUCAAGCAGAAGAAGCUUGAGGAAGCGAAUCAGGGUCCCUUCUUUGGCUUUGUUGGCAAGAAUGAGAUUAGCAAUGGAAGAUGGGCAAUGUUUGGUUUUGCUGUUGGGAUGCUAACAGAAUAUGCAACUGGCUCAGACUUUGUUGAUCAAGUAAAGAUCCUUCUCUCCAAUUUUGGGAUUGUAGAUCUGGAAUGAUGCACUGGCUUGAUGUUAAGAGCCAUCAAUACUUUCAUGUUUCUGGAGCUGCUGUAGAGUUCGUGUUUCACUUGCAACUUUGUUGAGUAAUUUGUUUAAAUUCCAUUUCCGAAAAAUACAUAACUAUCAUAAGCUGUAUUUUUACUAUAUUGUUUACCAAGAUUUCAAGUAUAG